AUGGCCGGCAACAACAACAACAAUGGCGGUGGCGGCGGCGGGGAGAAGACGUACUUCGAGCAGCAGCGCGAAAUGCUGGUCGGCGACGUUGCGCAGAACCUGGAGGCCGUGCUGCAGAACAUGAAUAAGCUGAACCGGAGUCUGGAGGGCAUCAUUGCCGUUGGCAACGAGUUCGGCUCCGUAGAAGCGUUAUGGUCACAGUUCGAGAAUGUCAUGGCGAGAGAUUCGAAUCCUGCCGCUGCUGAGGGCCAAGCAGAAGGCGACCAAGGUGCAGAAGAUACGACCGUCCUGCAGGACGAUAAGCCGUAA